GUCCUUUUCUUUCCACUCCGCGUGUAGUUCAUGCUGAACCGAUUCCCUGCCUUUGCUAGCUACGGUAGUUAGAUACACUGCUUCGUCAGAACUAUGUCGUUCAGUUUCAACUUCGAUGUGCAGUUAACGACAAAGGGGCAACAAGGUGAAGAAAGACAACCACAAACUGGAAAGCAGGACUAUGCAGUAAAACCUGUGAGUAACAGAGCUAGCUAGCUCGAGCCACUAACGUCAGUUCUGAGCGGUCCCAAAUAAUUCCCCAGGCUUUUUGGGCUUUUACCCAAGAGCAGAAUUCCUGCUAAAUAAAUGGAACUUUUUUUAUAAAAUAGAAGUAACCUUGGCUUUAUAUUCUUUUUUAAAGGGAUGGUGUGCAGCUGACCCAGUAUCUGCGUUAAGGGCCAUCCACACCAAGGACGAUAACUAUAACGAUAAAUUAUAGCAACAUAACUAUAAACUUUGGCGAGUAUCCUCACCAGCGGAUCGUUUAUCGUUCUGCAGUAUACCUGUAAAUCAACUGAUCAACGCAUCCUACUGUAUGCUGUAGGCCUAUUAAUAAGUAGCCCUUGAUCACAUACCUGCAGGAAGUAGGGGUGCUGAGUAUCCUGCAUCACCCCCUGAUAAAUCAAAACAAUUAUACCAACUCCAAAAAAUUACAUUUUUGUGGUGUGAACGCUCCUGUUCACUUGAAUUAGAAAACAUUUUUAUCUUAAUAGUUAUUGUCCUUGGUGUGGACAGCCCUUUAGAGAUGUCAAUGAUAAAUAUAAUAUGCCAUUUAGCAGACGCUUUUAUCCAAAGCGACAUUUGCUACCAAGCCAUAAAUGUGAAUAAUAUCUAACAAGGAGAGCGAGGGUAGGAAAAAAUAUGAAGCUAUGAUGCACUGUCUGUCUGACUCAAAUCUGCCCAUAGUUUGAGAAGUGAGAACGCACACAUGUGCUGAUCUACAGCUUUCUUGGUCCAUAAACAUGCAGGAAGAUUAUUAGGUACAGUGCCUUCAGAAAGUUUUCACAUCCCUUGACAUUUUCCACGUUUUGUUGUGUUACAGACUGAAUUUAAAAAUGAAAUGAAUUUCGAAUUUGUUAGUCACUGGCCUACACACAAUACCCCAUAAUGUCAAACUGGAAUUAUGUUUUUCUAAAUGUUUGCAAAUGAAUCGCUCUGUGUGCAAUAAUGGUGUUGAACAUGAUUUUUUAAUGACUACCUCAUCCCUGUACCCCACACAUACAAUGAUCUGUAAGGUCCCUCAAAUCUAGCAGUGAAUUUCAAACCGAUUAAACCACAAAGACCAGGGAGGUUUUCCAAUGCAUCACAAAGAAGGGCACCUAUUGGUAAAAAACCAGACACUGAAUAUCCCUUUGCGCAUGGUGAAGUUAUUAAUUACACUUUGGAUGGUGUAUGCAUACACCCAGUCAAUGCAAAGAUAAGUCCUUCCUAAUUCAGUUGUCGGAGAGGAAGGAAUCCGCUCAGGGAUUUCACCGAGGCCAAUGGUGACUUUAAAACAGUUACAGAUUUUAAUGGCUGUGAUCGAAAACUGAGGAUGGAUCAACAACAUUGUAGUUACUCCACAAUACUAACCUAAUUGACAGAGUGAAAAGAAGGAAGCCUGUACAGAAUAAAAAUAUUCCAAAACGUGCAUCCUGUUUGCAACAAGCCACUAAAGUAAUAUUGCAAAAUAAUGUGGCAAAGCAAUUCACUUUUUGUCCUGAAUACAAAGCAUUUGUUUGGGGCAAAACAAAACAUUACGGAGUACCGCUCUCCAUAUUUUCAAGCAUAGUGGUGGCUGCAUCAUGUUAUGGGUAUGGUUGUUAUCAUUAAGGACUGGGGAGUUUUUCAGGAUAAAAAAGAAACUGAAUUCAGCUAAGCAAAAUCCUAGAGGAAAACCUGCUUCAGUCUGCUUCCCACCAGACACUGGGAGAUUAAUUGACCUUUCAGCAGGACAAUAACCUAAAACACAAGGCCAAAUCUACACUGGAGUUGCUUACCAAGAAGACCGUGAAUGUUCUUGGGUGGCCGAGUUAUAUUAGUGUUUUAUUUUUCAAAUUUUGUACGCAUUUUUCUUCCACGUUGACAUUAGAGUAUUUUGUGUAGAUCGUUGACAAAAAAAGGACAAAUCCAUUUUAAUCCAACUUUGUAACAGAACAAUGUGGAAAACGUUAAAGGGUGUGAAUACAGUGAAGGCACUGUAGCUAAACCUAUUGCCAACCUUUUUUUAUUUUGGCAUUUUAAAACGCUUCCUCCUUUCCCUAUUAAGACAAUCAUCUUCUCCGACUGUCAACUGUCAAUUUACGGAUACGAUAAAUAUAUACAGUGGAUAUAAAAAGUCUACACACCCCUGUUAAAAUGCCAGGUUAAAUCAUGUCAGAACUUUCCCCACUGUUAAUGGGACCUAUAACGUGGACAAUUCAAUUGAAAAACAAACUGAAAUCUUUGAGGGGGAAAAUAAAAAACUCACAAUAACCUGGUUGCAUAAGUGUGCACACCCUUAAACUAAUACUUUGUUGAAGCACCUUUUGAUUUUAUUACAACACUCAGUCUUUUUGGUUAGGAGUCUAUUAGCAUGGCACAUCUUCACGUGGCAAUAUUUGCCCACUCUUCUUUGCAAAAGUGCUCAAAAUCUGUCAGAUUGCGAGGACAUCUCAUGUGCACAGCCCUCUUCAGAUCACCCCAGAGAUGUUCAAUUGGAUUCAGGUCUGGGCUCUGGCUGGGCCAUUCCAAAAUGUUAAUCUUCUUCUGGUGAAGCCAUGCUUUUGUAGAUUUGGAUGUGUGCUUUGUGUCGUUGUCGUGCUGAAAGAUGAACUUCCUCUUCAUCUUCAGUUUUCUAACGGACACCUGAAGGUUUUGUGCCAAAAUUACCUGGUAUUUGGAACUGUUCAUAAUUCCCUCCACCCUGACUAAGACCCAGGUUCCAGCUGAAGAAAAACAGCCCCAAAGCAUGAUGCUGCCACCACCAUGCUUCACUGUGGGUAUGGUGUUUGGGUGAUGUGCAGUGUUGUUUAUGCGCCAAACAUACCUUUUGGAAUUAUGGCCAAAAAUGUCAACCUUGGUUUCAUCAGACCAUAACACAUUUCCCCACGUGCUUUUGGGGGACUUGAUGUUUGUUUUUGCAAACUUCAGCCGGGCUUAGAUGUUUUUCUUUGUAAGAAAAGGCUUCCAUCUUGCCACCCUACCCCAUAGCCCAUUCAUAUGAAGAAUACGGGAGAUUGUUGUCACAUGUAGCACACAGCCAGUACUUGCCAGAAAUUCAUGCAGUUCCUUUAAUGUUGCUGUAGGCCUCUUGGAAGCCUCCCUGACCAGUUUUCUUCUCGUCUUUUCAUAAAUUUUGGAGGGACGUCCAGUUCUUGGUAAUGUCUCUUUUGUGCCAUAUUUUCUCCACUUGAUGAUGUCUUCACUGUGUUCCAUGGUAUAUGUAAUGCUUUGGAAAUUAUUUUGUACCCUUCUCCUGACUGAUAUCUUUCAACAAUGAGAUCCCUCUGAUGCUUUGGAAGCUCUCUGCGGACCAUGGCUUUUGCGCUGAGAUGCAACUAAGAAACUUUUAGGAAAGUCCUACUAGAACAGCUGAACUUUAUUUGUGAUUAAUCAGAGUCAUUGUAAAUGAUGGCAGGUGUGUAAUGACUUCUAUGUAACAUGAGUUUGAAUGUGAUUGGAUAAUUCUGAACACAGCCACAUCCCCAUUUAUAAGAGGGUGUGCACACUUAUGCAACCAGGUUAUUGUAAGGUUUUCAUUUUUCCCCCUCAAAGAUUUCAGUUUGUUUUUCAAUUGAAUUGUUCACAUUAUAGGUCACAUUAACCGUGGAAAAAAGUUCUGACAAGAUGUAUUUUCGUCUCGUUCUUUUACAUCACAUAAACCUGGCAUAUUAACGGGGGUGUGUAGACUUUUUAUAUCCACUGUAGCUAGCUAUCACCACAGAUGAAAGGAUUAGUUAUCAUAAUCUUUGUUAACAAUUCACAGAGCUAUCUGCUUAGCUAGCUUGCUUAUUGCAUGCAUGUCCGGGCACGUCGACGUGAGCCUUAUUAUUAGUGAAUUAACUCAACUAAUAUUUGCAACAGGAGUUACGUUUUGUUUACUGUCAAUUCAUCCAUUUCGCAAUACUGCACAUUUCUGUUGGAAAAUGAGCUAGCUUGCUGCUGAUUUUCCCAGCUAGACAUUCCUCUGCGUUGUGCAGUGCUCGUGGCUCAGGCGUGAGUGGCGGCUAGCAUAGCGGCAGCUUUGCUAUUUAGCGGGAAUAUCAGCAAAGCCGAUAGAGAAGGGCCGAUAGACUAGAAAAGGCCAACAUCAGCCCGAUAUAUCGUCUCUGCCGAUUUAUCGGUCGUUCUCUAAUUCAAACUCCCAUUAGACAGCGCUGCAAGCGUUAUGUCAAAAUACCUUCGAUGCUCACCAAAUAUGGAGUUUAGCUAUGGAGUUGCGCUAAUAACGACUUUCGCUAUGUACUUCCCAAAAAGCUCUAAAUAAAAAUGUACAAACAACUGAAAACAAUUCCUGUUCGGCACCUCCAUUACUGCCACGCACAGGUCGAAAGUCUGCAACCGCUCAAUACAUUGGAGGUGCCAAAGAGGCAGUUUUUCGGUUGCUUGUACAUGUUUAUUUAGACUUUUUUUGGAAAUACAUAUCUGCCGUAACGGUAGUAAAUGAAGAUAGUUGCUCAGCGAAACGCCAUAUUUGGUGAGUAACGAACAUAUUUUGACAACGUUUGCAGAGCUGUGUAAUGGAAGUUUGAAUUGGAGCUUCCUGGGCGUUAGAGACGAGACACGUCAUACUCCUCGUCGACAUCUCUAACACACAGACACUGGAACAGUGUGCAGCCAGCCACAGGAGGGAGUCCGUGUUAUUCUGUAUCCUUCAUGACAUUCGGCAUCUUUGAUUGUGCAUAAGCAUUAGGAUGCUUCUAUGUCUGUUCUAUUCAUGUUUUCGCUGUGUAUGUAUUUGACUGCCAGGAGACAGGACAGUUACAACACUUGUGAAUGCAUGCAGAUUGUACUUUGCAUUGUACAUGACAAUGGGCAUCUUUUACCUGUGUGUAUUCAACAGGUGCCCGGCAACAACACCACCACUCCAGCAGAAAAUGUCAAAGCAGCUGUUGAACACCAUCCCCCUGCAGAGCCCCACUCUCUCCUCAAUGAUGCUGUCUCUGAGACUGUUACCAUAGGAACGCUUCCACCCCUCCACUUCCUGAAUGAGUCUGUGUUCGAGCAGACGGCCAGUGAGCGAGAUGACGACGAGAGGAUCCUGUCUCGGACCGCCGCCCAGAGCUCGGACCUCAUCUCUGGGGUGUACGAGGGAGGGUUAAAGGUGUGGGAGUGUACCUAUGACCUCCUGGAGCUGCUAGAGAGAGAGGGGGAGACGUUCGGGGGGAAGAGGGUUCUGGAUUUGGGCUGUGGCGCCGGACUGCUGGGCCUUCUGGCGCUAAAGAGAGGCGCAAGUCAGGUCCAUUUCCAGGACUAUAAUAGAACUGUUAUAGAACAGCUCACACUGCCUAACGCACUGCUCAACUGUCAGCUGGAAGGGGAGGAGGAAGAAGAGGAGAAGGGGAGGAAGGGAAAGAAACGGGGGCAGCAGCAGGAGGAGGAUGAUGAGACAAUUAUAGAAGAGGACAAGACGAAAAAGAAGGAAGAGGCAAAGUCAGAGGAGAAGAAGAAUGAACAGAAAAUAGAGGGAGAGGACGGCAGCCCGUCGCCCAAGAGGCAAGCCCUGGACCCAUCCCAGCACUCAAAGCUGGCCUGCUGUCGUUUCUUCUCGGGUGACUGGACAACGUUCCUUGCGCUGGUCCUCAAGGAAGACCUGUCCCCUAAAUAUGACAUCAUCUUCACCUCAGAGACCAUCUACAACACGGCAUACUACUCAGCUCUUCACGACACCCUCCACAGACUGUUGGCCCCGGGGGGAGUGGUCUACCUGGCCACCAAGGCCCACUACUUUGGGGUGGGGGGUGGGUUACACCUGUUUGAACAGUUUAUGGAGGACAAGGGAGUGUUUGAUAUGGAGAAACUGUGGGACGUGGACCAGGGGCUACAGAGACAUGUUGUGGCCAUGCACUUCAAAACAACAAACAAGUCUUGA